UUGGGAAUACUCGGCAGUUCAGUGGUGCAACUCAAACCGAAACAAAAGUCUCAAAGUGAGGCCUCCGUGACCAUUAGUGUGAGUUUUACAGUUGCAGGAGAAUGGUCUGGGGUUUUGUAACUUGUGGACCCAACGAAGCGCUGGUAGUUUCAGGAUGUUGCCACGCCGGUGGCAAACCUAUCCUUAUUCCUGGCGGCCGUGCUUUCGUUUGGCCAUGUGUUCAGCAGCUUCAAAGGAUUUCGCUGAAUACGAUUACGUUGAAAGUCGAAAGUCCAGCUGUCUACACUUCCGAAGGUGUGCCUAUUUCAGUGACUGGCAUUGCUCAGGUCAAAGUGCAAGGCAAAAACAAGGAAAUGCUUAUGGCAGCUUGCGAACAAUUUCUCGGUAAAGCAGAUGAAGAAAUUAAACAUGUUGCAAUGGAAACAUUGGAGGGCCAUCAGCGGGCAAUCAUGGGAACGAUGACAGUCGAGGAGAUCUACCGAGAUCGCAUUAAAUUCAGCCAACAAGUUUUCAAAGUAGCAUCGGCAGAUCUGGUUAACAUGGGGAUCUUCGUCGUUUCCUACACACUAAAGGACAUUUCCGACACGAAUGGCUACCUGAUGGCACUGGGAAUGGGAAGGACAGCAGAAGUCAAAAGAGACGCACGUAUCGGUGAAGCUGAAGCCAAAUCGGAUGCGCAAAUCAAAGAAGCUAUGGCUGAGGAAGAACGAAUGGCUUCACGGUUGAAAAAUGAUAUCCUCAUUGCAAAAGCUCAGCGAGAUUUCGAGGUGAAGAAGGCGGAAUACGACAAAGAAGUCAACGCAAAGAAAGCAGAAGCCGAAAUGGCUUUCGAACUUCAGGCAGCCAAAAUCCAACAACAGGUGGAAGAAGAAGAGAUGCAGAUUCAAGUGGUGGAGCGCAUUCAGCAAAUUCUCGUUCAAGAACAGGAAAUCAUUCGCAAGGAAAAAGAAUUGGAUGCCACCGUUCGUCGUCCUGCAGAAGCAGAAAAAUACAGACUGGAGAAAUUGGCUGAAGCUGAUCGUCAGAAAACGGUGCUCGAAGCUAAAGCCGAAGCUGAAGCCAUUCGUUUGAAAGGUGAAGCGGAGGCUUUUGCAAUUGAAGCCAAAGCCAAAGCUGAAGCUGAGCAGAUGAACAGAAAAGCCAUGGCCUACAAAGACUACAACGAAGCCGCUAUGAUUGACAUGUUGAUGAAGUCCCUUCCAAAGAUGGCACAUGAAAUUGCUACUCCCAUGUCCAAGACCAAGAAAAUCACCAUGGUGACGGCCAAUGGAGAAACUGGAGCAGCUAAACUGACUGGAGAAGUUCUAGAGAUUAUGACCAAAAUGCCAGAAUUAGUCAAAUCUCUUACCGGUGUCGAUUUUUCCAAGUCAAUGCGCGGAAUUAAGUGAAGAUGAAACCGCAACGGGCCGAUGACUCACCGAUGAGUCAGGCAACACACAUUUAAUCCAAUUUGGAGCUGUUUCUUAGUCAUAACGGCAAAAAAACUGUUACAAAUAAACAAUGAAAUUAA